UCACCAUCACACAACCAUACCGGCUUGGCGCUGUAAGACAUCGAAAUCGACAUCAAAGAUUUCUAUCGCGCCCCUGACCGUCGGAAAGAUGAUGGUGGCGAAAAAAUCGACCCCAUCGGGCAUGGUGACACUGAUGAAGCCCAUUAAGCUGGCCGGCAAUGGCAACGUUAUUCUUUCGCCAGGAUCGAUCAUAACCUCCGGCGGAUCGAACAGUGCCGCCGGUAAUAGCAAUGGCAACAGUGGCAAUGGCAGUGGUUCAAUGGGUGGCGUUCGCAAGGAGGAAAAAAUCGUAUUUCAGCACGAAAACGACGCCAAACCGUGGAAGUGCAAAAGCUGCGGGCGCAACUACAAGUGGAAGAACAGUCUGAAGUGCCACAUUAAGAAUGAGUGUGGAGUUCCACCAAAGUACUUCUGCGAACGUAUGUGCGGUUACAAAACGCACAUUCACAGCAACCUGAAGCGUCACCUAAACUCGAAGUUCUGCAAACCCAACUGAGAACUGGUGCUGGCGGCAACGACAACGCCGAAAAGGGCAGCCGCUAGCGUGGUUGUUCCUCCUACCUCGUUAUCGUCGUCGUCAUCAGCUUCAUCAUCUUCAUCCUCAACAUCCUCCUCAUCAACGUCCUCGUUCGUACCAUCCUUGUCAUCGUCCUCAACGUUUGUGUCGAUGCCGUCACCGCCGCCGGUGGCCGAAACAUUAUCGUCCCCGGUUUCUAUAGCGCUAGCCGACACAAAUACACGCACCGGCCUCUUAUUAGAAGCACCGCCGGCAAUGAUUGCGGAAAUCGAGGUAAAAACCGACGAAACGGCUUCGCACCCAAUGACUAGACUGUCCCGUAGACGUGUUCGUCGUGUAGUAGCCGGGACGAGCAGCAGUGGCCAUCGAGCGCAUAUAAUUUAUUACUAACUGCAUUACCGUACUUUCGAAAAGCAAACAGGAUGACUCCGUGUGGCAAAAAGCAAUUCCUGCGGCGGGAAUUGUUGCGGUGAUUGUUGUGUUGAAACUAUCGCUCCACAACAUUUGUGCGUGCCUGCAUGUAUGGUUCAUUCAUUGCUAUCAUCUAACAUCAAUUAAAUGGACUUUAACGAGUUUGUUGAAUGAAUUCGCCAUGAUUUAGUUGUCCUUUUCCACAGCUGUGUUAGUUGGAACUCAUCACAGAUCGAAGGCUAACGAUUAAAGACAACAGUAACCGUUUUUCUCGAAAAUUUUUAAGGUUCACAUGCAGUAGGUUUGUUCUUUGCAAUAACUGAAACGAACGGAAUGGAUUGUCAAGCAUGCAUGUGGAUACAAUAUAAACAUAAACAGUUAUUUAUGCUUGCUACCUAGAGUUCUAUACCUACAACAAGCAGAAGAAGUCAGAAAAUAUUUUGUACGGAACAUUGUCGACAAAUGCAACGACAGGAUGGAUGCGACGAGACAGUGGAAAAUGGAAAAGAUGAUAGGCUUUACUGUAGCGGUCAGCAGAGACGAUAGAUGAUUAGCACUGGUAUAAGGCGUCCCAAAUAAUUUACUAAAUUUAAUGUAGAACAAUGCUAUCAUUUAUUUAUUAUAUCAACUAACGGGAUUUAGUAGCUGAAAAUCGGAAAAAGCGCGAGUGCUUAGUACUCGGUAAAAAUAACUCGGUUCAGUUUUCUUAUUUAUUUUUUAAUUUAACUUCAGUUGUUUUUACUGUAUUUUAUAUUUUUAAUUUAAUUCCAAACUCCGUGACGCGAGCUUUAUCAUUCAAAGUGAAUGAUUAGCUCAGAUUCGGUUUGUUUUUAGUUUUUGUAAGCGUGUAUUCAUUUGCCAUUUGAUCAGUACCAAAAAACCAAACAAACCAUGCCAUUUGUUUGUAGUUGCUACCGAUGAAAAGACUAACAUUAAUUUUUGUGUUUGCAUGGAACCUGGAAGUCUAGGUCAAGUAAGGAACUAUCCAUUAGUAUUGGACCAGUAAAUUUAAAAUGUUCCCAUUUACGAAUUUUUUAGGUCAUACUUGAUUUUUUACCUUUAGCUGUGCCAUAAAUGAACAAGCGAUCCGGACGAUUGCGAAGACAAAAGGGACUGGAAAAGAAAAACCAGGCAUUUCUGCAAUGUUUCGGAUCAUUACAUUUAACUUAUCUAGUCGGGAUGUACUUUGUCGUAUUUACUACACCGGUUGCCAAUGCCAGCGAAUGGUAAAUGCUACAAUUUAUUUACACAACCUUAAUUUGUAUUUGUACUCGUCCCAGUUUAAUUUAAUUCCUUAAUUUGUUGAUGGCAUACUAAGUUAUGUUUUUUAUUAAAUUUAAUGCAUACAUUUAAAAAAUUAUCAUUUCGAUUGGCCAUUGGGAUGUUAAUAUAAGGUUGUUUUAUUUUCAUAGACAACGGAGUAUUUGGUGGAUUUAUUUGCAAGUAAUUUACACAUUCCAUUUGAUUUCACGCCAUAAAAAAUGCAAAUACUGUAUUAUAGAAAGUAAGUUGAAAAUGAUACAAUUAAGACAAUUAUCCGCAGGUUGCGUAUAAAACAUGUUUGAGAGUACCAUGGAAGGUGAAGAAUUUUCAUUGAGGUAUAGAAUAGACAACACGCAAAAAUUAUAGCCAUCGCGAGUACUAUCGAUUAGACGAUAGUGAUGAUAAUAAUAACAAAUGGAACAAUAGCUGCAGUGUGACCCACUUAAUGUAAUAGGAAAAGUACCGAAACUGGAAAAAUUUUGCUAAAAGACCUGGAAUAUAGAGAAAUAUCGUUUGCAAAGAAUAUAAUAAUAGUACGAAAGGUAAAUGGUUGAAGCAAGUAUGAAAGUUAGUUCAAAAUUGUCAAAAAUCUUGAUGAAAAAAGGAAAAAGGGCUUUUGAAGAAAUGGGUAGUAUACCACAAUAUUCGUUUACAAAAGAAUAACCCUCAUUCACAGAACACAACUCACACAAAUGUACAUCAGCUUCCGUGAUGAUGAACGUUUUGCUCUGUGCUAAGAUGAACAUGUAAUUGAACUUAUGUAAUGCAACAUAGUUUAUGAGCUGGCCCACACAAUUGGAAAACGACAUGGUGUGUAGAUGGGUAAGCAAUAGAUUGCAGAUUAUCAAACUAUUGAAUGAUUAUAGCCUUAAAAGUAUUGUCAUCUGGCUACAAAAUGAUACGUCAUAUAAAUACGUGAGGCAA